AACAGUCGAUCGCCCCCUCCACAAGCCGCAUUGCCCAGGACAACGUCGACUUUGAUGCCGACUUUUUGGGUACACUUUUCAUAGCACGUGCUUUAAGAUGAAUGGCCCUCUGCUCCCAUAGAUUUGACACGCUGUUCCCACGGUACACUACGUCUAGCAUUGCACAGCUAGCCACGCCUACGUACUUUUGCACCCACCACAUCGCUACCAUAUUUCACUUGAACCUUGACAUCGUCUACAUCACCACUCCUGCUUCCCUGCUCUCCAAACAUCACAACAAUACAAGGCAUUGUUUACAAACCACGCAGCUGCAUUGAGCUUCCCUGCCUACACGCCAUGGACGCGCCAGACAGUACCUACAGU